UGAACACAGAGCGCUCAGAGGAGAGCAGAGAAAGAUGUGUACUGGUCUCUUCAUCUGAUCUCCGCUCACAAUGCAGGCGCUCUUCACAGAUGAUCCAGAGGAAAGAUGCAAGAAGAUGAAGGUGGAAGAUCUGAAGAAGCACAGAGACGCACCGGCAGAAACUUUCAUCGACAAACAGGAUCAGCGAAGAAACAAUAAGAAGAAAAGCGUGAAGCCCAGCAGAUCUGCAGGCACAGAAUGUGAAGCUGCGAGAGAAGUCGGAGUAGAUCUUGAAGGAUCUGACCUGUGGAAGAGAUUUGAUGAGAUCGGCACAGAGAUGAUCAUCACUAAAGCUGGGAGGAGAAUGUUCCCCUCGCUCCGAAUCAAGGUGCACAAUCUGGACCCCCACCAGCAAUACUCCAUUGCCAUGGACAUCACGCCUGUGGACUCGAAGAGAUACAGGUAUGUGUACCACAGCUCUCAGUGGAUGGUGGCUGGGAACACGGAUCAUUCCUGCCUUCCUCCUCGUCUGUAUGUCCACCCGGACUCGCCGUCUUCAGGACACAGCUGGAUGAGACAGAUCAUCAGCUUCGAUCGAGUCAAACUCACCAACAACGAGAUGGAUGACAAAGGCCAUAUCGUCCUGAAGUCGAUGCACAAGUACAGGCCCCGCAUACACGUGAUUGAGCUCAGUCCUGUCCAGACUCUGGUGUCUCUGCCGGAGGAUGGCGUCUGCUCCUUCUCCUUCCCUGAGACUCAGUUCAUCACAGUCACAGCCUACCAGAACCAGCAGAUAACAAAACUGAAGAUCGACAGGAAUCCGUUUGCCAAGGGCUUCAGGGAACGAGAUGGAGGCGUGCUGGGGUCGUAUGCAUGGCACAGUCCUUUUAACCUCCACUUCAAAUCUAUUGCUAUGGAGCUACCGGGUAUGUUUCAUCUAGUCAUCAUUUCAGAUCAGAUGUUCAUUAACAGUAGUUUGCAUUAAGAGCCGUCGUGCAUUGAUCUGAUGUUGUGUAGCUCCAGCAGGCCUGGCUCUCUCCUCCUCAGGUCCAUCCUUCUCUCCAGCGCGUCCCGUCAGCUUCUCAAGCCCUCAGUGCUGCAGUCUCCUCACAUACACAGCACACUGCAGCUUCUGCCUGGCCAAACUCAACACUUACGCUGGGCUGAGACCCGUGUUAGAUCUGCCCCUCGUGACGGCGCUCCAGAGAGGAGACUCCAGAAGUGCUCAGAGACACAACAGAGAGCCAGUCUUUGUGUCUCCCUACAGCUACGGUUCCCCCGCGAGCCGCCGCUUCUCUACUGUCACUCAUCACCUACAGCUGGCUCACACUGAGAGCCUGUUCACCUAAUGCCCCUAGUGAGGGCACUCGAAGCCCCAUACAGCAGGAUCUCGUGAGCACAGAAACUGACUGUAAAUAUGGACAGUGUGUGAAUAGUACCAUUUUUGUAUGAACAACUUUAGAGAAAUAAAAAUGUUUAUGAAUCCUUACUGAAUCUAUGAACAUUCCAUGGAAUUAACCCGUUGAUUCUGUUGUAUUUAUAAUCCGUAAUAAUAAUGUUUUCAGUGCUGUUAGAGAAAAAAAAAUAAAAAA